UAAUGAAGAAUUAUUUUACUCUUCAGCAUUUUAAAUCACGAGCUACUAGAAAACUAUCUGAUUGGUCAAUACUAAUCGCCCAAGUGAAUCAAACACCGCAAGUUCAAUACUCAUCGCAUGUGUUUGUGUAGUUUAGUUUAUAAUAUAUCGAUAAGAUUUCGUCGGGCCGUGCGAUGUUAAAAAUUGGGAUGUUAAAUUUCAUACGGCUGUAUAAUUUAAAUGAAGAUUAAUUAAUAAUUAUUUAUAUCGCAUUCUCUUAUUUUUAUUAAUAUUUCAAACUCUUGAUAUGUUUUAAAGUUUGAAAGAAAGAAAAAAAAAAAACUAUGUAUAAAACUUGUUCAUAUAUUUUUACUGGAUUAUCAUUAAUAUGUUGCCCAUUAGGAAUUGCUGCAUUUGUUUAUUUUCUAUUUUAUGUGUCUAACGUUAAUGCUGCAUUUUGGAGUGCUCUCUUUGCUAUAUUAUCUGCAUGCUCACUUCAUCUUUUUAUUCUCUUUUUGAGGAGAACUAUAAAUAAUUGGUAUCAAGAAAACCAUUUAGAUAGUAUAGCAUCAUUUGGUUUAGUUGUUUUUCUUUUGUCUAAUGUGGCUUUGGGUGUAUAUUUGGCACUAGCUAUUACUAGGCAUCAGAAAUUUCAUUUGGAAGAUUUUAACUACUUUUCUGCAGCUUCUUGUUCUGCUCUUACAAGCUUAUGGGCAUUAAUUCUUUUUAUCUCUGCUUUAUUAUAUCGAAAAUAUAUGCAGAAGAACCCACCACUUCUACAGAGAUAUAGAUUUUAUUCAUGAAUUGAGUUUUAAGUGUUAAUGAUAUUUGUUUUGUGACUAUAUUUUGAACAAUUUUUUUUAAAUUAUAUUUUAUAACUUCUGUUAAUGUUGAGUAAAAUUUAAAAAAAUUUCCUUAUAAAAUUUUAAAUGAGGUGUAAUAAUUAAGAUGAUAAAUAAGAUGAAGUUUUUAUUUUUUUGAGAAUUUUAUGUAAUACGCUUAAGAUGUAUGAUAUAUUUUCUUUUUUUAUUAUUUUUUAUUACUUCUACAAGGGGAUUGCCUGUUUAUGUUAUAUAACAUAUUAGCAUGUGUUGUAAAGAAGGGCUUUCUCACUGAAAUUGCAUAAUUGUAAUUACUGAAGUAAAGGAAGAAAAAAAUGUUUAAACAAAGUGUGCAAUUAAUAUGUAUUUUUGAUACUGGCCAAUAUUUAUUUUGUGUCAUUUAACAUUCCAAAACCUAUUUAGCAUCAUCAAAGUAUAAUCAUUUUCAUUCAUGUAGUUAAUUUAAAAAUAAAUGUAGUUACCUUUUAAAGUGAGACACAUCAGUUUAAUUACAAGAUAACUGAAAUUUCAGAUUUACUCUCAAGUAUUGAAAGACUUUCAUAUAGAAAUCCAAUGUAAUAGAAAAGCAAAGUAUUCCAUAUGUAUUUUCCAAUUAUGGACCUUUUCUCUAGUCAGAUGUAUUUUCAAUUGUUUUUAAUUCUCUUUUUUAAAUGAUGAGCAAUUAGUAAAAUUGUUUACAUUCAGAGAAAUUUGUUUUAUUCUUCUAAAAUGUUUUGAAUGCUGUUAUUACUGCAUUCAUUUUUUUAGACUGUGAUAAAUACUACUUAAAUAAUGAAUAAAUGCAACUAAAAUAGCUUAUAGAAUUAUAAGUGAUUUUAAUUUUUGGAAGUCUUGUAGUUUGAUUUUAAUGUAAUACACAAUUUUCUUUUUAAUGUUAUAUGAAUUGUUUUAUGAUGUUCCCAUUGUCAAAAUUAUUUGAUUUCUUGCAUUAAAAUUGCUUUACUAGACUAUUUUCAUUAACUCUGUUAUAAACUUGCCACUCUCUCUUCUAGUGAUAUAUUAAUUAAUCACACAUUCAGACAAACUGCUUUCCAUUUUAGGUUAAAUGAAAGGUAUUUCUAUGUAAAUUUGUCAUAAACGGUUCUGUGUAGCUAACAGAACAUUUUUAGGAUAUUGAUAAAACAGCUUUGUUGAUGAGUAGAAUUUUUCACUCAGCUAAAGUUUUAAAUGAAAUGUUAUUUUUGUAUUAUAAAAGCUAUUUUUCCUUAAGUAAGCAUUACUUAUGCCAUGUUUAUAAUAAAAAUGUAUUUUUAGAAAGAAUAAAAUUUACUUUUACAUAGUUUUCAA